AUGAAUAGAAAAAAACAAACAUAUUCACUUCGUUCGAAUAAAAGUAACGAACAAAACUUUGCUCUACCUGUCAAUCCCGAAAAUUCUGACGUUGACGGGGACAGUGAUUCGUCAGAUGAGAAUGACGAUGAAUCAGAACCCUGUGGCGAAAUCGACUCAGGUUCAAAUUCUGAUUCAGAUUCUCAUUCUGAACCCGAAAGUUGCGAUGAAUCUUUAGAACAAAAUGAGAAUUGCACAUCCACAAGUGGUACAGAAACGAUCUGGACAGAUAUUUGUGCUAAGGAAUUGCAGGCUUGGAUUGGUAUGCAUAUUCUCAUGGGAAUUCAUCAACUUCCAAGACUUCGAGAUUAUUGGAGUUCAGAUUCAGUUUUAAGAGUUGAGGCAAUAUCUAAUGUCAUGACGCGUGACCGUUUCAAACAGAUAACUGCAUCAAUUCAUCUAAACUCUAAUGAUACUAUGCUGCCUAGAGGAAACAUUAAUUAUGAUAAGCUUUAUAAAGUUAGGCCUCUUAUUGAAGUUCUCAAUAAAAAUAUAAAGAAGCAUUAUCGUAACUCGAUGACUGUGGCAGUUGAUGAAUCUAUGAUUUUAUUUAAAGGUCGUUCAACUUUAAAACAGUACAAUCCAAUGAAGCCCAUAAAAAGAGGGUACAAAGUUUGGUGCCUGGCAGCUUCCCAGACAGGUUAUGUCUUGUCUUUUGAGGUUUAUACCGGAAAGUCCGAUUCGAGUGUUUCUUCAGGGUAUACGUUAGGUGAACGGGUUGUUAUUCAGUUAACUGAUCAUUUACGAAACACUGGAAUCUUGGUAGCCUUUGAUAAAUUCUUCACGUCUGUCAAUCUCAUGAAAGAGUUGAAGGCCAAACAAAUUUUUGCGACAAAAGGUUGUGUUGGCGCUAUUAAAUGGAUGGAUUCUAAGCCAGUUACAAUACUGACAACAGUGCAUAAUCCUACUACUGUCACCUUCGUCACUAGGAAGAAUAAAGAUGGCACAAAAAUUUCUGUUCCUUGUCGUGAAGCAAUCUCUGCUUAUAAUAAAUUUAUGGCAGCUGUAGAUCGAUUUGAUCAUUUCAAAGAACGAUAUGGCAUAGGCAGGCGAUCAAAGAAAUGGUGGCAUUGA